UAAUAAAUCACUUGUUUUAUUACAGAAGCUGGAUAUAUAUACCUGUGAGAGAAGCAAAAAUGUCAGACGAUAUCAGGAAAAGGUUUGAAUUUCCAAAUUCUCUUAUCCAGUCACAGGCUGUAGGUCAUCUUAUUGCUGCUGUCCUAAAAGAACAUGGUGUUUCAGAAAAGAUACACCAAUCCACGAACCAGACGGCUGCCUUGAACUUGCUGUGGGAGAAGUGCUGCAGUGACAAUGUGGUGGUUCGCACAGCCUGCUGCGAGGCUCUGGUGGCACUUGUUGCUCAGGGCCAUGCAGAGUUCAGCUAUGUUCUCAACGGGAUACUCAACCUGAUUCCCUCUACCAGGAAUAUGCCUGGUUUGAUAAAAGCCCUCAUGAAAUUAUUACAAAUGCAAGCUAUAGAGGAAGGACGAAACAUGGAGAAAGACAUUCGGGAUAUAUAUUCUAUCAGGAGCCGACCUCAGCCUUUGAUCACCGUGCUUGAGCACAGGCCCGAUUGCUGGCCACUACUCCUGCAGCAGCUGACAGCUUUUUUCCAGCAAUGCCCUGAAAGGUCUGAAGCUUCAUGUGUCCAAAUCAUGGCCCCAUUUCUGUGGUAUUUGUAUUGUGAACCAUCCCAGUUACAAGAAUAUGCUAAGCUCCGACUGUCCCUGCUCAAAGUUUUACUUCAGCCCAGAGGUCCUUGUGAGGAAGCGCAGCCGUCAGCAGUGGACCAGCACAUACUCCGGCUGUGCUGCACCAUGGUUCCAUGCCUGCAGAUGAGAGAUCUGAUGCAGACAGUAGAGACAAUGAUGUUCCUCGAGGAAGUAUAUCUAAGCCUUCUGCGCCAUCCUGUGUUCUGGAAAAGUCAGCUUUCACAGCUGACCCUUCAGUUGCUGUGUGCCUGUGAGGUCAGCCUAAAGACAACUGGAGAGUGCUCAUCUUUAAUUCAGCUUUUAGAGCGCAGUGUUGACCUUCUUGGGGAGGACUUUCCUGUCAAACUGAUCAUUAUUGGAAUGGCUUUACUACUUCUACAGGCUCCAGCAAGUCAGCAGAAGCCAAUAUUGAACCUAGCUUUGAAGCUCCUGUCUCUUGCUGAGGGCCAGAAAAUCCCAAAGGUGUCCCUGCUGCUUGUGGUGCCUCUUCUGCAGAUGUUAUCGUCCACUGCCUUGGAAGACUGCUUGGCUGUGGGGGAGGAGGGUCCCUCCAGGCAGCAGGUGGCUCUGAGCCUUUUGGAACUGCUGCAGAGGGAGUGCCACCAAGAUGAGCACCACAAGAUCUCCUGCUGCCUUACUUUUCCUGUAAGCGGCAUGUAUGGCUCAAUCUUCACAGUCUGGAGGAUUCUGGAAGUAACUGGAGACGAGGCUGCUGCUGGUGACUGGCUGGCUGCGGUGGAGUCCUUGCUCCCCGCUGCUACAGUGAUCCCUACGCAUGUUUGUUUGCUGCUGGCUCACCUGCUUAUUGAAGACACAGGACAGAACCUUCAGCAGAUACUGAAGGUCACCACACAGUUAGCUCAAGCAGAUGCCUCUCAGGUACCAAAUCUGAUUCCAGUUUUGAUGUUCAAAUUGGGAAGACCAUUAGAUCCUAUACAAUACAAUGACAUAUUAUAUACUUUACCUACACUGGGUGUUCACAAGGUCUGCACAGGGCAGAUCCUGCGAGUGAUUCAGCUGCUCGGGACCACUCCACAACUAAGAGCCGUCACAUUGCGCCUGUUGACAGCUCUGUGGGGAAAGCAGGAUCGUGUGUACCCUGAGCUGCAGCGUUUCCUGGCCAUGUGUGAUGCACCCUCUCUCUCUGCGGGCAAGGAGAUCCAGUGGGAGAAACUGAUCGCAAAAGCUGCAUCCAUCAGAGAUAUUUGUAAACAGAGGCCUUAUCAGCAUGGUGCCGACAUGUUGGCAGCCAUUUCUCAGGUGUUGAAUGAAUGCACCAAGCCCGAUCAAGCUACUCCGGCUGCCUUGGUCUUACAAGGCCUUCAUGCGCUCUGCGAGGCUGAGGUUGUCUGCAUUCGCUCCACAUGGAAUGCUCUCUCUCCAAAGUUGAGUUGUGACCGGAGACCGCUCAUACUAAAGACCCUGAGUGAACUGUUUUCUCUGAUUCCUUCCUUAACAGUCAAUACAGCUGAGUAUGAGAAUUUUAAAGUUCAAGCCAUCAGCUUCCUGUGGAGUCACACUCAAAGCAAGGAUCCCAUUGUAGCAAGUGCUGCGUAUAAAUCUCUGUCUCACUUCAAUGCAGGGGAACACACCAUCCUUCACCUGCCAGAACAGAUAAGGCCGGAAGUGCCCGUUCCUGAUGAGCUGGAUGAAGAGGAGUCUGUGGAUCUUUCCAUUCCUGGCUCUUGCUACCUCAGACUCUUGACGAUCACCCCUCCUUCAGUCUUACCAGCUUUGGAGGAAUUCUUUACAUCUCUUGUGAAGCAAGAAAUGGUGAACAUGCCCCGUGGGAUAUAUCACUCUGCAUUGAAAGGAGGCAUCCGCGCAGACCAAGGGAAGACGGUAGCAGGAAUCCCCAAUUUUGUACUGAAAAUGUAUGAAACAAACAAGCAGCCAGGAUUGAAACCUGGCCUGGCAGGUGGCAUGCUGUUUUGCUACGAUGUUGCCAUGUAUCAGAGUAAAGAUGGCAAGCCACUGAACCGGCUGAUGGCCAGUAGAGGGCGAAGCUUCAAGCAGACCACCCUUGCCCUCGUCCAUGAAGUCCAUGUCCAGCAUUCAGAAUGGCACCAUGCACUCUUUCUUCCACAGGCCUGGCUUGCAUAUAUGACGCGAGCUUACCAUGCCAUUUUACAGGGAAGGAUCGCGGAGCUGGAGCUGCAGUUACAGCAUGGCAAGGAAGGACCUGAGGAGGUGCAGUACAAACAAAGCACAGCCUGGCUCUGGGUCAGAGACUUGCUGACCGAUGAGAUCACCAAGACAGCUGCGAAGGAGAGUCCAGUGGUCAAGGGCAAUGCACUGUUGGCCUUAAGCAGCCUUGCCGUCGUGGUGUCGAAGCACGAAGCCAGCCUGUCCUCAGAUUCUGAUGGAGUCCUGGAGGUUCAACCUAAUUUCCUUCCAGUGAAAGAGUGGGUUUCCAUGGUGCUUGAUACUCUGCUGGUCAUUGUGGACAGCCACUACCACCCCAGAGGACAACUCUUCUCAUGUUUUUACCAUAAGUCCUAUUCUGGUGAGAACACCGCAAGUGCUAUUGCACGCUCUGCUGCCGCCACGGCCUUGUCCCUCCUCGUGCCUGUUUUCAUUAUCUCUUGCAAAGAGAAGGUUGAGGAAAUCCUGAGCAUGCUGACUGCCAGGUUACCUGGGAAACCAAGUGCUGACGAAUCUCAAGCCGUGCAAAUCCACAUGGGCCUUGCUUUGGGGAUGUUCCUCUCUCGCUUGUGUGAAGAGAAACUCAGUGACAUGUCCGGCCAGCAGAUGAACCUUCUUCUGAUGAAAUCCUUGGAUGCUCUGGAAAACUGCUGUUUCGACCCCAGUCUUGAAUACAACACUGGCUGUGUAUUGGGAGCUGGACUUGCACUGUCCCUCAUGAGCCACAGCAGCCGCACGGAGUCCCGAGUUCACGUGGCAGCAUCUCUGCGGAAGCUGUCCACCUAUCUGGAUGACAGCGGGAGCCAGAGCAGGACGUUUCAGGAGGUCCUUGCCUACACACUUGGCUGUGUGUGUACGUCAGCCUUCAGUGCUGGCAUCAUUGAGGCUGCCGAGGCUGAAGACGUUAUGAACAAGCUUCAGCUGUUGGUAGAGAACAACCAGCAGACUUCAGGCUUUGCGCUGGCACUGGGAAACCUGGUUCAUGGUUUGUCUGUGUGUGGACAUGGAAAAGCUGAAGACCUGGGCAACAGGCUCCUCCCUAAAUGGAUUAGAGUUGUCCUGACAGAGGGUGCCCCCACCAUGCUCUGUCUCGCAGCCCUUCAUGGCCUGGUGGCACUGGUUGGCUCGGAUGUGGACGUCAUGCAGCUGAAGUCAGAAGCCAUCCAGAAUGCCCAUUUUCAAGCAAGGCUUAAUGAAGUCAUACGGACCUUAACUGAGGUCAUCAAUGUCUCAGGGGUGAUUGGUAUUCAAUCAAAUGCAAUAUGGCUUCUAGGACAUCUUCAUCUGUCUACUGUAUCUUCGAAUCAAAGCAGAACUUCUGUUCCUACUGACUACAGCUAUCUGCCUGAAGGCAGUUUUAUUCGAGCAGCCGUUGGCUUCCUAGUUACAGGAGGAAAGAAAGGUCCUGAAGCUGUGCCUCCUUCCCUUCUCAGAGUAGUGAUGAAACCCAUAGCAGCUGUUGGGGAAAGCUACCAGUACCCUCCUGUAAACCUGGCCGCACUCCUCUCUCCACUUAUGAGGCUAAACUUUGGUGAGGAGAUACAGCAACUAUGCCUGGAGAUUGCUGUGACUCAGGCGCCGUCAUCGCAGAGCGCAGCUGCAUUGCUGGGCUUGUGGGUGAUGCCGCCAUUGAUCCACGGUCUGAGCUUGAAUAUUAAGAAAUACCUCCUGGUGUCUCUGCCGCUGUGGGUAAAGCACGCCUCUGAUGAACAGAUCCAAGGCUUUGUUGAAAACCUGAUGGUGGCAGUUUUUAAGGACGCUUCCCCACCUUGCCACCCAGAGUUGUGCCCAAGUGCCUUACAGGGCCUGAGCCAGGCCAUGAAACUGCCCAGCCCUUCCCACCACCUCUGGAGUCUGCUCUGUGAUGCUAUUGGGAGAAUUUUUGACCUUCUGCCAAAUAGGAUUCGGAGAAAUGAUCUCGAGCUGUACAUCAGUGUAGCAAAGUGCUUCUCGGAGAUGACAGACGAAAGUGCCAAUCAGCUCUGCCAGAUCACUAAGGACAACAUAGAAAAGGCUGCCUUUGUCAAGUUGUACUUAGUCUCGCAAGGACGCCUCCCCUUGAUGAGCCUAACAGAUCUGCUCGCCGCUGCAGUGCGGCACCAUGAGAAGGAGACUCUGGCCUGGAUGAUCCUGCACACCUUAUAUCAGGCCCGCAUUGUGAGCCAUGCCAACACAGGUGUGUUGAAGAGACUGGAGUGGCUCUUAGAGCUGAUGGGCUAUAUGAGAAACAUUGCUCACCAGUCAGGCUCUGCUCAGGAUGUGGCUCUUGACGAGGCUUUGGACUUCUUGCUGCAGAUAUUUGCAGCCGCAGUGGUGGCGUGGGCAGACCAUGAAGCCCCGCUCCUCCUUGGCCUCAGCGCCAGUUGGUUGCCAUGGUACCAGAAGAAUGGCCCUGGGGGGCCAGCGACAACCUUGCUUGGCAGGAGUCCGAUGCACAGAGUUGCUGUGCGGGAGGUUCUCACUCUCCUUCCCAGUAGCAUGCUACUGUUGCUACAGAAAGAGCCGUGGAAGGAAGAGACGCAGAAGUUCAUUGACUGGCUGUUUAGCAUCAUGGAAAUUCCUAAUGAAGCCUUUGCAGCAAAGUCCAAGGAUCUUUUGAAAGCCACGCUGCUGUCCUUGAGAGUUCUUCCAGAGUUUAAGAAGAAAGCUGUGUGGAGCAGAGCAUAUGGUUGGUGACAGUCACAAGAACCAGCAGCAUUCUGCACUGAAUGAGGCAGACCAGAGAAGCAAAAGCAUUUUAGGACUGGUGUCUGAGAUUGGUGAGAAUUGAUCCUCAAGGUUAAGAGGUUAUGAGAGGUGGCUACAUACCAACAUCACUGUAUCCCUGGCUAGGAGAAGGAUGCACUCAUUGGGUACCCAGUGAUUUGAAACUGAAAAAGUAACAUGACUUCUAUAUGGCCAGAAAUCACUGUAAAUUUUUUCUUUUCUUUGUGAAAACUGAAUUAUAUUUUCUCUCCCUCAAAUUCUAUUAAAAUAAUUUUAUG